ACGAGUAUGCAUUGAAACUUUGUCAGAGACAGAUAGUUUUGUUUCCUGUUAUUUUUUUGUCACGAAUAUAAUUUGCGUAUUAUUAAAAAAAAAUGUGGCCGUUUCCAAGUAUUGAUUAUGCUUUAUUUUUAAAUUUAUUUUCUAAAUUAAUGUUUCUCUCUUUAAGUGACGACGAUAUGAAUCUGAUCAAUUUGAAUUCGGUUAAACAAUUUCAUUUUCCAUCUUACCAAAUAAAUGUAACUAACGCCUUAAUAGUUAACAUGUUUCCGGAUCAAUUUCAUUUCGGUGUUUCUACGUCAGCUUACCAAACAGAAGGUGCUUGGAAUGAAGAUGGUAAAGGAGAAUCUGUGUGGGAUCACAUGACACAUUCAAAUCCUAGUCUCAUUCGUGAUCGAAGCAACGCCGAUAUUGCUGCUGAUUCUUAUCAUCAAUAUAAAACGGAUAUAAAUAUUGCGAAACAGAUAGGCAGUAAAAUGUAUAAAAUUUCGAUAUCAUGGCCAAGAAUUUUUCCAAACGGUUUACAUAGUCGUAUAAAUAUGGACGGUAUUCGACAUUACGAUAAAAUUAUCAAUGAAAUUAUUAAACAUGGAAUGACACCGAUGGUUACUCUUUUUCAUUGGGACAUGGCCUAUAGUUUGCAAAAAAUAGGUGGAUUAUCCAAUCCAUUGAUCAUAGAUUUUCUCAUUCAAUACGCCGCGGUUGCUUUUGAUGCAUUUGGUGAUCGAGUAAAAUAUUGGGUUACAAUAAAUGAACCAUCCGUCAUAUGUCAAUAUGGUUACGGCAGUGAUAAAAUGAUACCUGCGAUAAAUUUAUCUGGAAAAGCUGAUUAUAUUUGCGGUCAUAAUCUAUUGUUAGCUCAUGCUAACAUAUAUGAAUUUUAUCAAAAAAAUUUUGACGAUGUACAGAAAGGUAAUGUUGGUAUUGUUCUCAAUUUGAAAUGGUUUGAGCCAGAGAAUCCAAAUAAUGUUGAAGAUAAGUUAGCUGCGGAAAGAGCUUUCCAAUGGUGGAAUGGAUGGUUCCUUCAUCCAUUGUUUAGCGAACAGGGUGGUUAUCCCGAAAUGAUGAAGAAUAUGAUUAGAAAUAAUAGCUUUUCCAAAUAUUUAAAUUCACGUUUACCGAAUUUCGAAUUUUUCCAAAUGCAGCAAGUUAAAAACUCCGCUGAUUUUCUUGGUAUUAGUUUCGACAGAAAUACUUUAGUACGUGGCUCUCAGCCAAAUUCUAAUGAUACAUCUUUUCAAAACGAUGCUCAAAUAACAGAAUCAUCAAUACACCUACAAGAACAAAAUUAUAAUAAAAUCAAGUCGCAGACACUUGCGAAUCUUUUAAAUCGCAUAGAUCUUAACUACGAAUUACCACCAAUCAUUAUAACCGAAAUUGGCUAUCAGGACAAUGGAAAGAUCCAAGACUUGGCUAGAAGUAUCUACCAUCACGAACACUUAUCUAUAGUUUUACAAACUAUGAAAAGCGGUAUCGACAUUCGGGGCUAUCUAGUUCGUUCUUUCAUCGACAGUUUUGAGUGGAUGAUGGGUUAUACAGUUAAAUCCGGUAUAAUCAGUGUGGACUUUGCUAACAAAAAUCGUACACGACGACCACGAGCAUCGGCUUUGGUCAUAAACGACGUUUAUAAGAAAAAACUUGUCCGAACAUGGAAAGAUAUUUAUGACUGAGAUAUACGAAAGAGAGAGAGAGAUAUAUAAAUCAUUUAAUAUAUCGCAUAUUAUUGUAGAAUAAUUUAAUUUUAAUUAAAUGUAUAAUAUCAUUUAAGAUCGAAA